AUGAGUAAAAUUCCACGUGAUACGCUAUUCGAAUGUGUCAAUGAAGUGUUGAAAGCAUCAAAGGAGAAAAAGAGAAAAUUUCGUGAAACAGUGGAAUUGCAAGUAGCACUGAAGAAUUAUGAUCCACAGAAAGAUAAACGUUUCAGUGGAUCCGUGAGGCUGAAAAAUAUUCCAAGACCAAAUAUGAAGGUGUGUGUGCUGGGUGAUCAGCAACAUUGCGAUGAAGCUAACGCAAAUGGUAUACCAUGCAUGAAUGCGGAUGAAUUGAAGAAAUUGAACAAAAACAAAAAACUUAUUAAAAAACUGGCAAAGGGAUAUGAUGCAUUCUUAGCUUCGGAAGCUUUGAUCAAACAAAUUCCACGUAUACUUGGUCCAGGUUUAAAUAAGGCUGGUAAAUUCCCCAGUGUUGUUGCUCAUUCUGAACCACUGGUAGCUAAAAUUGAAGAAAUCCGUUCAACAAUCAAAUUUCAGAUGAAAAAAGUAUUAUGCUUAUCAGUAGCAAUUGGGCAUGUUGGAAUGACACCGGAAGAGCUCGUUUCUAAUAUUGCGCUUUCCAUCAAUUUUCUUGUGUCAUUGUUGAAGAAGAAUUGGCAAAAUGUGAGGUCGCUACACAUAAAGAGUACAAUGGGGCCACCCCAGCGACUAUAUUGA